AUGUCUGACUACGUACAGCGCGAGAGAUCUCGUUCUCCUCGUCGUCGUUCUUCUCGCAGUCCCCGACGUGCCCGUCGUUCGUAUUCGCCGCGCAGCCGUUCUCGCAGCCGUGGUGACCGUGGUGACCGUGACGAAUACCGUCGCCCUGAUCGUCGUUCCCCCGAACGUCGUUCUCGCUCCCCAUUGAGCAACUCCGGUGCUGCUGGACCGUCGGGCUCGCCUUACGGUGGACGCAGUGGUUAUCCGCCUGCCAGAUUUGAGGAUCGCACCGUCGCCAAAGAGAACAUGAUGCAAACCGUUCGCGACUCGUCCCAGCAAGACCGUCGGGUCUAUGUGGGCAACCUUUCCUACGAUGUCAAGUGGCAUCACCUUAAAGAUUUUAUGAGACAGGCUGGAGAAGUUCUCUUCGCCGAUGUUUUGCUUCUUCCUAAUGGAAUGUCGAAGGGAUGCGGGAUUGUGGAAUACGCAACCAGGGAGCAAGCACAGAACGCUGUCAACACGCUUAGCAACCAGAACCUGAUGGGUCGUCUCGUUUACGUUCGCGAGGACCGUGAAGCCGAGCCCCGUUUCGUCGGUGGUCCUCCUCGUGGUGAUUUCGGCCCCGGUCGUGGUGGCUUCGGUGGUGGUUUCGGUGGUGGUUUCGGCGGUGCUCCCGGAACUGCUGGCCGUCAAAUCUAUGUUUCAAACCUUCCAUUCAACGUUGGCUGGCAAGACCUGAAGGAUCUGUUCCGCCAAGCUGCUCAGCAGGGUGCCGUCAUUCGUGCCGAUGUGCACACCGACCCCAGUGGACGCCCCAAGGGCUCCGGUAUUGUUGCUUUCGAGUCUCCUGAUGAUGCCCGCAAUGCCAUUACGCAGUUCAACGGUUACGACUGGCAGGGCCGCAACCUUGAGGUCCGCGAGGAUCGUUUUGCUGGCGGUGGUCCCGGUGGUAACUUCGGUGGACGCGGCGGCUUUGGUGGUGGAUUCGGCGGCCGUGGCGGCUUCGGCGGUGCUCCUGGUGGCCGUGGUGGCUUUGGUGGUCGCGGUGGAUUUGGCGGUGGCUUUGGUGGCCGUGGCGGUUUCGGCGGUCCCCCCGGUGGUUUCCCCGGUGGUGGCUUCGACCAGGGCGGUGCUCCUGUUGCCUCGGCACCUCCAAACCCCUUCACUGACUUUGCUACUUCCAACGGCGACAAGAGCAGUGUUAUCUACGUUCGCAACCUACCCUGGUCUACCUGCAACGAUGACCUGAUUGAUCUGUUCUCCACCAUUGGCAAGGUCGACCGUGCCGAGAUCCAGUACGAGCCCAAUGGCCGCUCCCGCGGUACUGGCGUCGUCCAAUUCGAUACCGCAGACACAGCAGAGACAGCCAUUUCUAAGUUCUCCGGCUACCAGUACGGUGGUCGUCCCCUCGGAAUCACUUUCGUCAAGUAUAUGACCCCCAACGUCCCUCAUGACGACAUGAUGGAAGGCCAGCAGGAUCACCCAUCUGGCCUCACCCAGGACCAGAUCAUGUAA